UCUCUCUCUCCAAAAAAAAAAAAAACCCACUCCACUCCUUUGCCGCAAGCGCGUAGCACAUCUACUCCUCUCCACCAGAGAAGAACGCGCGGCCAGAUUCUGGAGCAAGAGCAUCACCGUCGAUCGACAAAACCCCGAGGUGCUUUUGAUCGAUGGCGUCGUUUCCCUUUCCCAUCAAGCCGCUGGACGGCGCGGGCGGCUACCUCCGGUGGAAGGAGUCGGUGCUCCUCGGCCUGCACAUGGUCGACGUCGCCCACGUGCUCUCCGACGACCCCCCCGCACCGGCUCGGGCCGGCGGCGACGGCGACGGCGCUCAGGCAGCCAAGAAGUGGGCGCGCGACGACGCGCUGUGCCGCGGCCACAUCCUCGAGGCGCUUUCGAACCGCCUGCUUCCGGUCUACGUCCGGCACGCCACCGGCAGGGCGCUGUGGCAGGCCGUGGCGCGCACCUACGAACCGCACGCUUCCUCCUUGGAGCUGAGGUUCGAGGAGCUCGAGUUCCGCGAGGACGAGACCCUCAUGGAGGCUGGAGCGGGUGGCGCGCGCCGAGGCCCUGGUCAUCGCCGGAUUUCCCUGGGACCCCGACAGCAUGUUGGCUCGCAAGGUGCGCGCCAAGCUUCCGUGCGCGGGUGACGAGACCAGCAUGGAUGGGGUCUGGAGGUCUGCUCAGGAUAUGGAGACGCUUGACAAUUAUACCCAGGUAAUGGUGGUUAGGCACGAAAAGGAGCGCAGGAUCAGGAGCAGCAGGAGUAACGGCAAUUCGGGGCACAUUGCGAAGAAGCAGCGCAUGUGAUCCAAAGCAUGGUGAUGGCACCAACAGUCUGCGAGCUUAGCAUCAGCUUGGAUGUUCAAAGAAGGGCCUGAUCGCCUGAGAGCAAUCGGGGCUGUUAUCUGAAUCCUUGUAUAGUGUUUGAUUAAUCGGCAGCUUUAACGGUUUAGAUCCUUGUAUGGUGCUUGUACGUACGUUCAUUCUUCAGGGAUGAUGUUUGGUGUGGAUGGAAGUCGUGAUUACCACCAGGCACAAAUAUAUCCUGAAUUCCUGAUCCUUAACAUGGAUGAAAAUGGAGCUCAAUCAGAGCGUCAUCCUACUGUUAGCGAAUUGCA